UUUACAUAUGUACCAAGAACCAACUGUGUGUUGAUAAGACCUCACGUAAUAGUUAAUGUAUAAGCGAGAAAUGGCGGACAUGAUUGUGCCUGCUACAGGGCUAGGCCGUCUGACUGUAAUAUUGAGUCUCCUCAUGGUAACCUCCGCUCUGUAUGAUGGGAGACAACUCUGUGCUAAUUGCGACGAAGUGGAAACUGCUACAGAAUGUACCAACUACAUGUGGUGUGCUAGUGACGAGAAAUGCAUGACAUCUCGUUACUUGACAGUUGACGGUCAUGCGAGAUUUUACACUGGAUGUACGGCAAAAAGGGCGUGUGAUAGCCUAGAGCAUCAUGGGAUCGCCCUACCGCUGGACAGUCUAUUUCCGGUUCCGCGAAGAGUGCUGGACCAGAGCUGUUGUAACGGACAAGGAUGUAACGGCCUCCGCAGCGCAUCCAAAGGUCGGUCCCUGUGUAUGACAUGUAAGGACAUCCUUAAUCCUUCUGACUGUGACUCAGCGGUCCUGUGUGGAGAACACCAAGAGUGUCUGUAUCACGAACAUCUGCAAUUUAAUGACUUGUAUCAAGCGGUGUACAAGUACGAACUCAAGUGCGAGGACAGAAACCUAUGCCCUGUUCAGAAUGGUACUUCCUCCUGUCAUCACUCCAAGAGAUCGCCAGGGUGUUCUGGGGAUUACGGCUGUUGUACGGCUGAUUUCUGCAAUCUCUUCCAUGCCAUGUACAAUAAAAAUUUGACGUCGUCGACAAUUGUUGCUGGUAGUGUACAACUCCAGACUCGUGGAACACCACCGCCAUCGACAACAAGUAGUCCACAAAGUACUAAGUGUUACACUGGAGCGGGUACAGGACGAGUACAGCUGUGUACAGGAAGCACUGCGUAUUGUCUCACCAACCUCACCAACUACAACAGCGGCUACCGGGAGGUGUUCAAGGGAUGUGUGAGUGAGCAGGACUGUUACCGACUCCCACGUAGCACAACCUCUCUGUCUGGUCACUGUGACCUAUUUAACGAGGACAUUCUGUACGAAAGGGAUUUCUCCUGUUCUUACUGCUGUGACAAGGAUCUCUGUAACGGACGUAUUGUUCCUCCGCCGGAAACUGUUUACGUUCCAAAUACAACUGCUGCUCCAAUUAUAACUCGAAAUGAGCCCAAUGACGUCACUAUACACGACUGCCGUGACGCCAUGAGUGUAGAACAAUGUCAGGUGUUUCCCUGUGACAACGAACACCUGGCAAGGAUGUACUGCAGGAGACACUGCUUGUUGUGUAAAUAGUUGGUAUGGUGAAUAUAUUUUUUCGGAUUUAAUAAAACACGAU